AUGAGUGGUGGCAAAAUCGAAGCAGGAGAAAAACUGAUAAUGGUUGUGAAUAAGAACCAUGAUACUGCACUUCAUGAUGCAGUAAGAAAUGGUCAUGAGGAGAUAGUGAAUUUGUUGAUUACAAGAGAUCCGAAGUUAGCUCUUCUAACAAAUAAUGUGGGGGAGUCCCCACUCUUUAUCGCUGCGGAUAAGCGACAUGACCGAAUUGCUAAACCUAUCUUGAACGUGGCUCCAGAUUACUCCAUCGAGGAUAGGAACAAAAUGAAUGUCUUACAUGCAGCUCAAGAUAAUGAAGGUAACACUGCUUUGCACCUUGCCGUUUUGCGAGGACAUCAUGGUAAGAUCUUCAAAUCUAUGAUCGAAGAUGUUCGGGUAGACAAGGCAAUCGCAAACUCAGCUGGUCACACCGUUAUCGAUAUUCUUCUCAUGCAAGAACAAAAUAUCAUCUUCAAGUGGUGUAUCACGACGUUUGUUGCAAUCUAUGAAGGCCUAGAAAGAGGAAAUAAGGCAAGAAAAAAAGAACAGGGCGAGACACAACAAUCAGAGAGAAAAUUAGAGCCUGCGACGGCAAUUGACGAACAAGAUUUAGUAGGCGAAGAAUAUGCUAGAUUCAGAAAGCUUAAUUUCAACCAAGUUCAGCAAAUAGCGAGCACCAAUUUACCGGUAAUAACAAUCAUUGCAACAGUGUCGUUUGCAGCAGGUUUUAUUAUGCCUGGUGGGUACGUAGGUUAUGGCCCAAAUGCGGGAAUGCUGAUUCUAAGCCACAAGUUUGCUUUCAGGGUAUCUGCUAUAGCAAACGUUUUAGCCUUUAGCUUCUCCAACGUAUCCAUGAGUCUCCAUUUCUACAUUUCACUUAAACAGAAGCUUGAUGUCCUUGCUUUCUACACAAACUACACCACACUCUUGACAAGCUUGGCUAUUAUUCCAAUGGCCGUAGCUUUUGCUUCAGGCUCCUAUAUUUCAUUAUCCUUUACUCCCGCCUUCGCUAAAACAGUUCUUUCUUUUGGAUGUUCCGCCUAUGCGUUCCUUUAUUAUCUUUGGUUCUACUAA